UUCUCCACGAGAUUCGUCAAGAUUGGUCAGCCGGCACCCACAAGUCCAAAGAAACUCAGUGGCAACUCUGCCUGGAAGAGGGAGCUCGUGCUCCCCGGUCCCGCGCGUUGUGAACUAGGAGUUGGGGCUGCGCCUCGGCGGCCGCAGUGACUCGACUGCGGCGGGUUCACAGCGGCGGAGUAGGGUCUGGGCCGGCUUGCGGCCACUCCCGGGACCGAGCGGUUGUGCGCCGCUCCGAGAACCCUGCCCUCCGCCGACGCCGUCCUCCAGCCCCCGAGACCCCCUCCCAUCCCACGAGACCCCCUUCUGUCACUCCACGAGGAUGGACUCAGGGCUCUCUUCGGUCCGGCUCACCGUCCGGGAGGCUGUUCACACCAUUUCAUCUUCUGAGGAUGGUGGCUCCAUCUUCUCCACUCUUGGGUCUCUGAAGCGGUAUCUCGGAGUGACAGAGAACCCAGCCCUCCCUGAGGAGCAGGAAGAGUUUGCCAGGGUCCACUUUUCUGCCUUGCUCAGGUGCCUUGUUGGCAAGCUGAGCCCAGACUGGCUGGAGCUGCUGCCCAAUGGCCAGUUGGAGGAGUUGUGGGCCAGCUUCUUCCUGGAGGGCCCCGCUGACCAAGCCUUCCUGGCGCUGAUGGAGGCCCUUGAGGACGCUGCAGGUCCCAGUUUCCGUCUGAUGAAGAUGGCACGGCUGCUGGCCCGGUUCCUGAGCAAGGGCAGGAUGGCUGCUGUCAUGGAGGGGCAGUGUCGGCAGCAGACAGAGCCAGCCUUUCCUCUGCUCCAGGAGACGCUCCUAAUCAAGGUGGUAGGCUUGCCCGACCGCCUGGGCAACUGUCUGCAGCAUGAGAACCUCGCUGAGUUCUUCCCUCAGAACUACUUUCCUCUGCUUGGGGAGGAGGCCAUGCGGGUGCUGCAGGCGGUCGUGGACUCUCUCCGAGGCGGCUUGGACUGUUCUGUCUCCUUCGUGUCACAGGUCCUCGGGAAAGUCUGUGUCUAUGGGAGGCAGAAGGAGAUCCUGGGCGUGCUGGUGCCCAGGCUGACGGCACUCACCGAGGGCAACUGCCUUUGGCAGCGCGUCUGCUGGCGCCUGGUGGAAUGUGUGCCUGACCGGGCCAUGGAGGCCGUGCUGACAGGGAUUAUAGAGGCUGCCCCCGGGCCUGAAGUCCUCUCCCGACUACUGGGGAACCUGGUGAUGAAGAGUAAGAAGGCCCAGUUUGUGAUGACUCAGAAGCUUCUGUUCCUGCAGUACAGAUACAUGACGCCUAUGCUGCAGAGCCUGCUGGGGUACCUGGCCCUGGACAGCCAGCGGCGCCCUCUCCUUGUAAAGGUGCUGAAGGAGCUCCUGGAGAUGUGGGGCAGCAGCAGCGCCAUCCGCCACACACCACUGCCACAGCAGCAGUAUGUCAGCAAGGCUGUCCUCAUCUGCUUGAUGCACCUGGGGGACACGGAGCUCUGGGACAGCCGAGACGAGUUGCAGGCCAGUCUGAUGGCAGGAGUGAAGUGCCGCCUGGACAGCAGUCUGCCUGCCGUGCGCCGCCUGGGCAUGGUUGUGGCUGAGGUGGUUAGUGCCCGCAUCCACCCGGAGGGCCCUCCCCUGAAGUUCCAGUAUGAAGAGGAUGAACUGACCUGUGAGCUGCUGGCCUUGGCCAUGCCCCAGCCUGCUGCUGACAGUCCCUUGGAGGCGGGCCCAUCUAUUGCUGCAGUCACUGCAGAGGCCCCUGACAAACAGACCGUAGACGGUGGAAUCCCCCAGGUCCGGCCACAGGGCUCUGACUCCGAGCUUGACAGUGAUGAUGAGUUUGUCCCGUACGACAUGUCAGGGGACCAAGAGCUGAAGAGCAGCAAGAUGCCCAAGUAUGUCCGGGACUGCAUCGAAGCCCUGACCACGUCUGAGGACUGUGAGUACUGGGAGGCGGCCCUGCGGGCCGUUGAGGGGCUGGUCUUCAGGAGCCCGGCUGCCACUCGGGAGGUGAGCGUGGAGCUGGCCAAAGUGCUCCUGCACCUGGAGGAGAAGACAAGUGUGGUGGGAUUUGAGGGGCUGCGCCAGAGAGCCCUGGUGGCUCUCAUUGUCACAGACCCAGCCCGGGUGGCGGAGUAUCUGACCUCACAGUUCUACGCUGUCAACUACAGCCUCAGGCAGCGUAUGGACAUCCUGGAUGUCCUGACUCUGGCAGCCCAGGAGCUGUCUCGGCCUGGGCGCCUUGGGAAGGCUCCCCACGGUGGCUCCCUGGGCUCCACUUGCCAGCCCAGCUGCACUGUGGCUCCCACCUGGCAAGCAGUAGUGGAUGAGAGGGUCAGAAGGAAGACCCGGCGCUUCUCGAAGGGCUCUCCCAGGCAAGGACCAGCUGGCAGCCCCAACGAAUUCAACUCAGUGGCUGGCUACUUCUUCUUCCCCCUCAUUCAGGGUUUUGACAGGCCUCUGGUGACCUUUGACCUUUUGGGAGAUGACCAGUUCGUUCUUGGAAGACUGGCCCACACCUUAGGGGUUCUGAUGUACCUGGCUGUGAACACCACGGUGGCUGUGUCAAUGGGCAAGGCUCUGCUGGAAUUCGUGUGGGCCCUUCGCUUCCAUGGUGACGUCUAUGUGCGCCAGGGCUUGUUGUUCGCCGUCUCUUCUGUUCUGCUCAGCGUUCCGGCUGAGCGACUGCUGGCAGACCUGCCUGAUGAGCUGCUGGAGGCCCGGUCAUGGCUGGCAGAUGUGGCUGAGAAGGACCCAAAUGAGGACUGCAGGAUGCUGGCUGUGAAGGCGCUGCUGCUUUUGGAGAAACUCAAAGACAAGCUCCUUCCAGUGUCGUCUUCUUAGUUCCUUGCUACCAUUCCUGCUGGAAGAAGGGAGGGACAGGAGGGCCGAGCACCAGGCCCGAGGAGCCAGGCUGACCCAUGUGCUUGUAGUACAGCCACUUGAGGGUCAGGCCGUCUACCUGGUACUGAGUGUGCAAGCAGGAAGGCCCGCACCCACGCUGCUGCUCAUAGCGCAGAAGGUCUGGGUGCUCAGCCAGAAGUCCACGCCAGGGCCUCUGGGUGCUGCCCCCAACAACAGAGCACCCUGAACACUGGGGUGGGGGGUCCCGAGGAGGGACAUGGGGCAGGCUCUGUGGGCAGCUGUAGAGGAGGAUGGGGAGGGUGCUGCUACUCAGGGCCUGGAUCUGCUCCAGCGGGCUGCUAGGCUCCUGUGAGCUUACUGCUGUGUCCUCAACCCCAUUGCUCACCUAAAGGUAGGUGAUGUUAAAAAAAAAAGAAAAAAAAAAUUAAAAAGGAGCUACAGGUGCUCAGCCCCAUGCUUCGCGGUUCUCACUGCUUGGGCAGGGACCUCAGUGCCUUGAUAAGCCCUCCAGAGGGGAGACAUGAAAACGGGUAGGACAGGGCAGGAAGGGGACACAGUCCUCGGAGGAAAUAAACUUUAUUAGGAGAGUUUCAGCAGACGGUGGGUGGCACCUGAGGUCACCCUCCCCUUUUUGUGCUUUGGUGCCAGCUCUUCCCUCAAACUGGGAGAUGGUGACAGGAAGAGCACAGGCUACCUCACAGAGAGAAUCCACCCCCGGCCACUCUGGUGUCUCCUCAGGAAUGGCCCUGUGGUCAGGAAUGUGGUUAUCCUGCUGAAAAAUGU